AUGAAAUAUCUGAGGGUUUUGACAUUGUUUGGGAACAGAUUUAUGGGAAAUAUACCAAAUGAGUAUGCUGAUAUUCAAACAUUGUGGAAGAUCAAUUUUAGCUCAAAUGCGCUAUCUGGGUCGGUCCCAGAGUUUAUAGGUGACUUGCCUAGCAUUAGGCUUCUGGAUUUGUCAAGGAAUGGUUUUACCGGGGAGAUUCCAUCAGCUCUGUUUAAGUAUUGUUACAAAACCAAGUUCGUUUCUCUGUCUCAUAACAUUCUUUUGGGUUCAAUUCCAGAGUCGUUGGCUAAUUGCCUUAAUCUUGAAGGGUUUGAUUUCUCCUUCAACAAUCUCAGUGGUGGCAUUCCUUUGCGAAUUUGUGAUAUUCCCAGGUUAGAUUAUUUCUCACUGAGAAGCAAUGCCUUACCAGGAAAUGUUGUGGAGCAGCUUUCAACGUGCCAGAGCUAG